ACACCCCCUUUGUUUUCAAUUUCUUACACGCGUAUCUCAGUACACACUACAGAGAGAGAGAGAGAGAGUCACACACAGCCUACAAAGCCAAUCAACAACAAAUAUCUAUUCAGCUCUCAGCUCUCAUCUCUCUCUCUCUGUGAAGCAUUCUUCUCUGUUUCAUUUUUUGGACAAUUUAUUUGAGAGGAGCCAACAUGCUGUACCUUAUAUUCUAAUCCUUAUUCUAUUCGAAUCUCAAUGUUUCUUGAUCUGGGUAUCCAAUAUUUCACCCUCAGAUCAUAGUUUUUUCCAUUAAAAAUCCUUUUUUUUCCUCAGCUUCACUGUUGCAAGACAAAAAACCCAUCUGGGUCUUGCUCUCUUUUUAAGUUUAUAUGGGUGUUUAAACAGAUUCAAAGUGAUGGAUUUCAUGCUGAAGAUGCAAAGAAGCUUUUUUUCAAACCUGGAUUUCCAUCAUUUGCAGUCUCUGGCAAAGUAGACAAUGGCAAGGCACCGAAAAUUUUGUUUCUCCAACAUCCAUCCAUCAUUAAUUAUCUCAAUCUGCUUUCCUUAUUCACUGGUACAUUCUGUGCUGCAACUAGCUGCCCCUUUACUAGUAAGGAAAUCUGCUUCAUUUGUAUGAGUUAUUCUUUCGUGGUUCUAAAAAUAUGGGUAGGGGUAGAGGAAAGGGGAAGAAGUUAACUGUUACCAAUCAUGAGGAUGGUGGAAGUGGUGAGGAAGAGAAAAUUCCUGCACAGAAGAGGAGGGGAAGACCACAAAAACCACUGAAGGAUGAAAUUGAUGAAGAAGAAGUUGAAAAAAUAGAGGAGGAAGACAGUGAGAAUGCAAAAUCUGGUACUCCAAGCAAAGAAAUAAAGAGUCCUUCUGCAACAGAGAAUGGAAAGAAGAGGAAGCGAAACUCACAUCUAAAAGAGAAGGCAGAUUCUGUCAAGGAGGAAAACGGUAAUGGAACCCGAUCAAGCACUGAUGAUUCAAUUAAGUCUAAUGGAUUUCGGCUUAAUGGAAGCAGGCGGAAAAGCAAGCCUCGUCGGGCUGCCGAAGCAGGUGUUGAGUGUAAGUGAGACUAUGGGUUCUCCCAUUUGACACUACCGGAUUGCGGGGUAGGAAGUGAGACCUAGUAAAACUCUAGUUUCCUAAUGCUUUUUUGGUUUUUGUUCCUUAUCCUUUUUGGUAGUUCCUUAUCAUUGAUUCCUUUUUUAUUUAAAUUUGUGAGAAUUCAGAAUUUAUUCUGCUGGUUGUAAUUUUCCAUAAUGCUAUUAUAUUUUAUGUUUUCACUGGUUUUUGUAUUAUAUAAAUAUGCAUGACAUGUUUAAGCA